CAGUCAUCAAGGCCAGGAAGUUGUCCAGUGCCAUGUCUGCAGCAAAGGCCAUCUGUGACCACAUGAGGGACAUUUGGUUUGGCACCCCAGAGGGUGAGUUCACCUCAAUGGGUAUCUACUCCUCUGAAAACACCUAUGGAGUCCCAAAAGACCUCAUCUACUCAUUUCCCGUCCAGAUCAAGGACAAGACCUGGAAGAUUGUGGAGGGUCUGGCAAUCAAUGAUUUUUCUCAGUCAAAGCUGGAUGCCACAGCAGCAGAGCUGAUAGAGGAGAGAGACACAGCUGUGGCUUUCCUGGGAGUAUGACUGGACCCACCACUUCAGCAUAUAGACAGCCCCAAAAUUCUAGAGGCACGCCUCUAAUGAAGCACGCCAUCUGCUUCUUCAUCACUACAUGAAGUUAAAGUUCGUCUUUGAGUGUAAAGAUGGGUUUAUAUUUGUGUGUAAAACUGGUAUCUAACUGGUCGGAUUUGAGCCCAGACUUAUUCUGUGGCCUAGAAAAAAAGGAUGUAUCUUUGCUUUGGAUGCAAGUGAUUGAACAAAAUUAGUCUCUUCUUCAAUAGACAUCAGAGCAGCUGCAUACCACCAAGCAAAAAUAUAACUUAUAGUCACCUAUAGUUACAGUAUUUUCCAAACUUCAUUCUGUGGAGAUGAGUGUAUGAAUUACUACUAUAUAUUGUCAGUGAUGCAAUCUUCAAGCACAGUAAUGGAUAAUAAUGUAAUGGACAGUAACAAUAAAAAAUGAAACUAG